AUGCCCCUCGAGCUGCUCUCGUUCCCUCCGGCUCAGCAGCCUCAGAUCAUCCGCUCGCAUCAACGCGACUUCUUCCAGGUCUCGGCGCUGCGAGAACAAGCCGAUGGUGUGCUGAGAGCUUGGCUGGGGACGAGAUGGCUAUCUCGAUGGGACAAAGAGGUUGAACUCUGUACGAAGCUGCUGUACUUCGGGCUGACCGUCGGGCGCGCUACCCAAACUCUCGGAGAAGAGUACACCGACAUAUGGAUACACUCCAUGCAUUCCGAAGGCGUACCGCCUUGGCGUGCUAGGGCCGCUCUUGUCCUCUUACCGACGCUGCCCUCGUAUGCGCUUGCUAGAUGGGGUUCGUACCUUGCGCCGACGUCCAGGCUGACGUCGCUGGUACGCAAGCUACCAACACUGCUGGAGAUCAUAAGCGAGGUCAACUUGGCUAUGUUCUACUUCCGAGGCACGUACUAUGACCUGGUGAAGAGGAUGCUUGGGAUUCGUUAUGUGAAUCUCGGCAACUCCUCGCGACCCAAAUACGAGGCCGCCUUCGUAUUCUCUUCUGGGUAUCUUCUAGCCGUGAGGCUGCUACAUCGUCUCGUCAGCUUCAUCCGGUCGUCUUACAAGGCGGACGUAGAAGCAACUGAACGGAAAGGCAAACGACCAGUGGAUGACCAUGAGGAGAUCUACAUUGACGAUAGACCCAUUUCCACAAUGAUUGGGCGUGUCGAUCCUGAUGAGGUUCCUCCCUUGACUGCUGAAGAGGAUGAACGGACGGUUCUCGACUUCUCUCAAAUGCCCCCUACUGUACGAGGAAGCCGAAACUGCACGCUCUGUUUGGAGGAGCGGACGGCGACGACAUCCACAGAGUGUGGACAUCUGUUCUGCUGGGAUUGCAUCGUGGGUUGGGGCAGGGAGAAGGCUGAGUGCCCGCUCUGUCGCCAGUCGCUCAACCUGACGUCUUUGCUACCGAUUUACAACCUGUAG